AUGUCGUCUGCUAGAUUCCGUCGAUGUUUUUUUCUGGUCUUUCGUUUUCUUUCGUUUACUCCUUUGUUUUUUCUUCGACAUGCUUUUAUUUACGUUUCCAAUUUUCUAUCUUUUUUUAAUUGCAAUUUUCCUUCUCCCCCACUUGUUACUUUGCCAUUUUCUCUUUUCUCUCUUAUUCUUUCUUUCUUUCUUUCUUUCUUUCUUUCUUUUUGCUCCCCUUUAUCCUUUUUUGUUGUUUACUUAUCUUUCUCUGCUUUCUUUCUCUGCUUUCUUUCUUUCUCUUUCUUUCUUUCUUUCUUUCUUUCUUUCUUUCUUUCUUUCUUUUUGCUCCCCUUUAUCCUUCUUUGUUGUUUACUUAUCUUUCUCUGCUUUCUUUCUCUGCUUUCUUUCUCUGCUUUCUUUCUUUCUCUUUCUUUCUUUCUUUCUUUCUUUUUGCUCCCCUUUAUCCUUCUUUGUUGUUUACUUAUCUUUCUCUGCUUUCUUUCUUCUCUCAUUCUUUCUUUUCUUAAUGCGCUUUCUCUGUUCGCCAUUUCUUUUCUAUUUAUAAAUCGAAUCUUCUUUCAUGGCAUUAGAAUUUACUUAUGUUUCUGA